AUGAUGAAGUUAUACAAGUGGUGGGUAUGCACUAGGUCUCCGCAAAUAGAGCAAACGAUGUCAGAAGUGCCUGAGGCCAGCGUAAAAGAGACCAUAGACAAGACGGUGGGGUACGUGGUGAAAAAUGGCAGCUCGUUUGAGGAAAGACUCAAGCUGAACGCAGGGGAGAAGUUUUCAUUCUUGGUGGAGUCGGACCCGAACCACCAGUACUACCAGAGGAUGCUAAAGGAGGCAAGGGGAGGGGGAGAGGAAAUAAAUGGCAAUGGAAAUGGCAACGGAGGCAUACGAUCUGCCGCAGAACCAGGAUUAGGACCAGGUUCUGGCUCAUCUUCGUCCCCUUCGGGGGAGCUGGAGCCUGAGCAGGUGCCAAAGCCUGCGGUGUUCCAGUUCCUCACUAAGUUGCCGCCCAUAUCUGCUCUUGAUCUUGAGAUAAUAAAGCUUUCGGCUUUGUUUGUGGCGCAGAACGGAAGCCGAUACGGUGAAGGGUUGAUAGAGCAUCAGCGGAAGAAGAAACAGGAGGCCCAGUUCGAGUUUAUCAACCCGCUGCACUCGUUGAACCCGUUGUAUAAUGAGUAUAUUAAGCAGUACAGGGCGCUCAUCGCAUUGAACCCAGACACUUUGCAAGAGCAGUCCGACAAUAUUUUACAGAAUGCGUACCAGAGAGCCAAGUACGAAAGACUCCACCGGGCCAAGGCUAAGGACGAGAAGAGAUUGCAGCGUGAAAGACAGGUAGCGUAUGCUUCUGUAGACUGGCAAGACUUUGCAGUGGUUGGCAGAAUACAAUUUGACACUGUAGAUGAGGUGAGAGAGUUGGCGGUGCCGAUGAAUAGAGACGAGCUAGUGUUUAGAUCGCUAGAAUCCAAGAGGAGCGACCUGAGAGCAGAUGGCACUGUUGGACCGGAACCCCAGGAGGCUCCACCAGCACCUGCUGCUAUCCCAGAGGCCCCAGAUAAGGGAGAAGGUCAAGCACAGCCACAGGUGGCAGACAAACGACAGACGGCUCCUAAGGGUAUGAAGAUAAGAGCUGCAGGAGAAUCAAGACUAAAGACUCGUCCAUCAGCUGCUGCCUCAACUUCUUCCACAUCUUCUUCCACAUCUGGCUCCGAACCUACAAUCAAAUGUCCGAUAACUGGCCAGCAGGUGCCAGAACUGCAGUUCGAUGCACACCUCAAGAUUCUCCUUCGUGAUCCUCGCUACAAGGAGCAACAAGAUAACUUCAUCAAGAAAAACUUCACCUACUCAUCCAACUUAUCAACAGACGAAGUAUAUGAAAACAUAAAGAGAAUGACAAAUAAGAGAAAGGGAGGAGACUCCAACGAUCUGAAGCCUGCGAAAAGAUACAUUGGACCAUCCAUUUAG